AUGCCUACAGUCCAACCCGGCGGGAAGGUCCUCGUUACAGGCGCUAAUGGCUACAUCGCCAUGUGGGUGAUCAAGCUGCUCCUUGAACGGGGGUACUCUGUUCGUGGAACGGUGCGAUCGGCAGAUAGAAUUCCGUAUCUUCGAGAUCGCUUCAAAUCGUAUGGAGAGAAGCUGAAGGUUGUCGUUGUAUCCGAUAUAACUGAGGAAGGAGCAUUCGACGAAGCAGUCAAAGACGUCGAUGGGAUUCAACAUAUAGCUUCGCCCGUGCCAGAGACUGUUGAAGAUCCUGACGCACUCAUAACGCCAGCCGUCCAAGGAACCAUCGGUAUUUUGAAGAGUGCUCUCAAGAACGGGACAAGAAUCAAGCGCAUUGUGAUCACCUCAAGCUGUGCAGCCAUCGUCGACAACUUUCCCCACCCGAUGACGUUCAAUGAGGACCAUUGGAACGAAGGAGGGAUAAAGGAGGUUGAAGAGAAGGGUAAAGAUGCGUCGAGAAAUGCCAAGUACCGUGCUUCGAAGGUACUCUCUGAGAAGGCUGCUUGGAAGCUCUAUAAUGACCACAAAGAUACGGUCGGGUGGGAUCUGACGGUCCUCAAUCCGGCUUUCGUCUUCGGGCCACCGAUUCAUGAAGUGCGUUCCCCAACUACCCUCAACUCCUCAAUGCAGGGGUUCUGGGACAACGUCAUCUCCGUGGACAGCCCCAAGAGCUGGGAGGCACUGUCGUUUGGCGCUUCGUGGGUUGACGUUCGCGAUGUUGCCCUUUCUCACGUUCUAGCAUUAGAAAAGGAGGAAGCAGGUGGACAACGGAUUAUCCUCUCCGAAGGCCCAUUCAUUUGGCAGGAUUGGAUUGACGUCGCGCACAAGAUACAAGCGUCUGGACGGGAGCUCCCCAAAGGGUUUCCAGAUAUCGAGCGGAUAUACAUGCUCAAGUUUGAUGCCUCGAAAGGGGAACGCAUUCUGGGGAUUAAAUAUAGAACGAAGGAGGAAUCGUGGAGGGACAUAUUGGAGGACUUGGAAGAGCGAGGCUGGUGA